AUUAUACAUGCAUAAAAUAUUAAUACCAUUGUUCAAAUGUAUUUGAAACUAAAUUCUUUAAAAAUUUUCUCAAAUUAUUAUAGUGUAUAUAUUUCCAAGUAGAGUAGUGUUUUUAAUCAGUAUCUACUAUCUUUAUCAAGUUCCACUAGCAUUUCAGAGGGAUAUCAAUGGGAUUGUUACAUCCAGGCAUUGUUGGUAUUCUAGGCAUUUAUUUAUUCAACAAAUAUUUCAUGACUGCCUGUUGGUUGAUAGGCCAUGGAUCAAAGUGCCUGCCCUUUUUCUAGAAUUUAUUAUUGAAAAGUAAAAAGUUAACAGCAAGUCUGUAGCUCAUCCCUCCCUCUGGGAAUUAUUUCCCCUUCAUGAAUAACCUUGAGUAAAACCAUUAUUAGAUAAGUAAAUUGGUAUGGUAAAAGAACUUGGUGCAUUCUUCUUGGGAUAAGUAGUAUCAGACAAAAAAUGUUCAUAAGAAGAAGAAUAAAAUUAUAGCAUUUGAUGAUAAAUGGAUGGACCCAGGGAAUAUCACACUAAGUGAAAUAAGCCAGACUCAGAAAGCAUUUCCAAAUUCUCUUAAUUCAAAGAUUCUUCAGACAGAAUGAAAAUUAUUUAUGAAUUUUCCAAGUUUGGAACCAAGUGAGAAAUAGUGGUUGUAAGUUUUGAUAAAUGUUUUGGACUUUGAUAUGGGUGUGCUCUCAAAGGUAUAAUUUCCUUGGAAAGAUCUUUAGUCACUUGUAAUUUAAUCAGCCAUCAAGCCAUCCUUGGUCAAAGGCUGGGAGAGUCUGCAAUCAUUCUCCUCCAUUUACAGAUAGGUCAUUGAACACCCUAUUAAAAGACAUCCCUUGGUACUGUUGAAAUGUUUGUCAAAGCCAAUAUCUCAGAGCAAGGUAAAUGGUAAGAUUUGUAACAGUGAAGGCACAAGAAAUAUACCAUACUAUUUUUACUAUUUUUAUAUGUCACCAGUAACAAAGAUAUCAGGAUUAGAAAAUGAUUCAGAGAGUGCUCUGCGUUGUGUGAUGGCCAUUGGUUGCUUUUCUCCUGUUGCUUUAUUACACCAUGUUAAACCUUUCCAGGGAUUUUACUAGGGACCCAACUGUAAGGAGGCUCAACCUUGAGGCUACUAGCUUGCCUUUUUUGGUGACAAAACUCCACUGGCUCUUCUUGUGGCAAUCUGGCAAUAGCCCAUUCUCAAACUUUAUGUUCUCUAAGCAUAGUCUGCACCAUUGAUCUACAUUCAUUCUCUUCAGUUCAUUUGAGAAUUUAACAAGCAAAGUAAAAAGGUAGACACUUACAGGUUUUACAUACAGUUCCCAGAAAGAGGUAGACACGGGUUUUGCUUACAGUUUAGAGGUGUCAUGACCUGAAACCCAUCCUUGGGUCUCAGGGUAGGAAACCAAGAGUUUGCUCUCCUUUGAUAUGGUAAAAAUACGUGUACUCGGAUGGCAUCCAUUUAUCUCUAAUUCUAAGUUCCAGAAAGCUUUGAAAACCAAGUUUUCUUCUAACUCAUGUGACAGUAAAAUUAGACUUGAACUUUGUGAGGAUAUUUACAGUCUCUGUGUAUCUCAUUUAAUGUGAAUAUUAUAUUUCAUGGAGUAAUAUUAGAGUAAGACAAUAGUAUAAGCAAUAUAAACUCCAUAAGGUCCUCAGAGUCAUGCAUCUAAAGUAAACCAUUAAGAUGAAAAGGUAUUUACAAUUAUUUUCUGUCGUAUGUGCUCUAUUUUAUGUUCGUAUUUAUGUAGGACUAAGACAUAUUUUCUUUCCCUUUUUAAUCUUUUAUUGUACAAACUCACACAUAUGUAUAUAUAAAACUCUAUGUAAGACACUGAAGAACAUGUAUUCCUCGAGAAGGAGAAUAUGUGGUAUGUUAAAAACUAUUCAAAACUUGGACUUAGGCAAAAAAGAGAUCACUAGAAUAAAAUUUCAGUGAGUUACUGGGCACUUUUUUUUAGCAGACCCCCUAGGGAUUAUCAAUUCCUUAGGAUAUGCAAGUUUGAUUUUUUUAUUAUUCUUUUACAACCCUCUAAGAAGUUAGUUUGUAACAUGGAUGAAAACACGAAUUACUCUUAUCUGAGAACAAUGCAAAUGAUUCAUGAUCAGAACAAAGCAAGUGAAUUUUGUCCAUUUUGUUUCAAUUAAUUUCCAUCAAUGUACAAAAGUCAAUUCAAAAUUGUAUUGUUCUAUAGGACAUUAACUAGUUUCACAUCUAUUGAAAUAGAAUGCUUUUGACUAUAUAAAUCUCUAUUUCUCAAAUUCUUCUCUGAACCAGUUAUAGCAUCUUUAAUGACAUUAAUACAUCAUCUGCAAUGACAUGUUAAUGAAUUAAUGAAUUCAUUUUAUAUUAUACAAGUGUCAUAUUUUUAACUUUGAAAAUCAUUCUUUAGAAGGUGCUUUUUACAUAAUAAUUGAGAAAAGAUAAGAUGAAUUAAAUAAGCAAAAUACAGUACAUGAUAAUCAGUAUGCAUUUGAUUUGAUGGCUCAGUGGAGUUUCUAGAUAACUAUAUUCUUUACAUUUAUUCCAACAUGGCUUAUUUCAUUUUAUUUUGAGACAGGAUCUUGCUCAAUUGCCGAGGCCUCAAACUUGAGAUCCUUUUGCCUCAGCUCCUGAGCAGCUAAGAUUAUAGGCAUGCACCACCACACCCAGCCCUGCAUUGAUUUUAUUCAUUUAGCAGACAAUUCUGCUUUGCAAUAUGGGGUACAAAGGUAUACAAUACAAAUGAGGCACAAACCCUUUUCUAGAAUGGUUAACAGUUUAGUGUUGAAGUGUAGAUGAAGGAAAAAAACCUCUACCCUCUUAAACUCAGUAGCUGUGAACUGAGAAUUAAACUGAAAAAAGACUGAUUAGCAGAAAGAAAAGAAUAAGAAUUUACGCAACUCAAAUAUGUGUGGGAGAGCUAAGUAGCUCAAAGGAGUGGUUAGAAUUGGGGGUUUAUAUGUCAUUUUAAUAGGUAAAGUGGUGGAAGAGAAAAGUACUUACAGGAAAAGUAAUUACAGAUAACCUUUUGUAAUGAUAAAUGGGUUUUCAGGAGAACAAACAAGAGAUAAGAAAUUUUGUAAUAAUGUUUGUCCAUGUAGGUAUGAGUGAUCUGUAUGCUUCAAGGCCAUAAAACUCCCUUGGAGAAGAAUUUGGGAUAGACUUUAUUUGCAUUCUCUCUUCUGGGAGUAGAUCUACAUUUAGGAGGAAUUUAUGUCUACCUCAUUUUCCAGAAGUUGCUGCUUUUAGUGGGAUAAGGGAAAACUCCAAGAAAGGUUAAUUUCCCCUGCAUAUGUUGAAUCUGAAACGUCUUCAGCUUAAAAUAACUUUAUACUGAAGUGGCAUAUUUGGGAGUGGCAAUUCUAAAAUCCUUCAAGAGAAGAAUAUAAACAGAUCAUUACAGAGUAAUAAUAAUGUAUGGAGAAUAACAUUACUGUGUCCUUAGAUGCUUUAUAUUUAUUAUUUUAUUAAAACCUAAAAUUUGGUAGAAUUUCAUAGGAAUUUUAUCCCAAUUUUAUAAUUAGAGCACAGAGAACCAACUAAGUAUUAGAAUAGUUGUGAACAAGAUGCUAAAGAAUCGCAAAGCAAUGUAAUGUGCUUUUCUUUCCUAAAGAAAGAAACCAAAACAUUCCUCUCACCUCUCUUCAUUCAUUUGGUUAACUGAUCUCAGGCCAUAUCCUGCCCCAGGAAGAGCCACAGAGUGGAAAUAGUCCUGAAAAAGGAGGCAAAAGGUGUCAAUGCAGGACUUAGGAGCUCUCAGAUUUGGAAUCAGGACUGUCGUGAAGGGAUAGAGACAGGGGAUAUAUAUACGUACAUAUUUGUCAAGUUAAUUGAUCACCAGAUGUUUUAUCGGCUCGUGUGCUGUCUUGUACCAGUCAUGUGGUUGAUUUCUGCCUUAGAUGAGAGCUGUCUAGAACUUCCCCCAGUGAACAACAGCAUAUUUAUUGUAAAGGAGGUGGAAGGACAGAUGCUGGGGACUUACGUUUGUAUCAAGGGCUACCAUCUGGUAGGAAAGAAAACCUUUCUUUGCAAUGCCUCUGAGGGAUGGAAUGACUUCACCACUGAGUGUCGCUUGGGCCACUGUCCUGACCCUGUGCUGGUGAAUGGUGAAAUUCAGUUCUUCAGGCCUGUGAAUAUAAGUGACAAAAUCACAUUUAAGUGCAAUGACCACUACGUCCUCCAGGGAAGCAGUUGGAGCCAGUGCUUAGAGAACCACACCUGGUCACCUCCCUUUCCCAUCUGCAAGAGUAGAGACAGUGGCCCUCAUGGAGAUACACCUCACCGAUAUUGUGAAGGAGGAAAUUCCGACUCGGGGUCUACCAGUUCUUCCUGUGGGGAGAGGAACCACCCAGAGGGCCCACAGAAGCAGGUGGUCAUUGAGGGGGACCUGGAAAGUGUACUUACCCAUGAGAGGAUCCACAAACCAUGUUUACAGACUGGGUUUGAGAAGGCAUUGGUAAGUGGGGGCCGUUGUUUGUCUUAUUCACAGUUGUGUCUCUGGGGCUUGGCCAUUGUUUCUGGUUCAUGUUCAGUUAAUAUCUUUUCAAUUUGGUAUAAUGUUUUUGAAUGGGUGGGCCUUGGCCUGACUAUAGAAGGGGCCUCAUAAACCAUUGAUUCACAUUUCAAUAUAAGGACAUUUCCAUUUACCACCUGCAUCACAAAUACCUCAUAAAGCCCUCAUAAAUGCCUCAUAAUAAUGGUAGGCAUUAUUGUCUCAUGUGCUUUAUAGAACAAGGUUCUUAAACUUAAUGCCUGAGAUUUGUAAGUACUACUCUGAAGAGGCUCUAAACUUCUUCUAGAUUGCAACAAACACUGAAAAAUUUAUUUUCCUUGAGAUUCUUCUUCUAGACCAUAUUUACUACUGUGGAAAUAUUAAAAUUUUAUUAAGACAGAAAGUGUAAAUGAUUCAUCAUGUUGAAGGCCCAGAUCCCACCUGAGCUCCACGGUUUUGACUCCUGUCCCCAUUCAGGGACCUCCUUGUUGCUUCCUGACUUCAGGGUGUAGAGCUGG